AUGCCCAGCAUUCCGUUAGUGACCGAGCUCGGCGCGAGGGCGGAUGAGUUUCAGCACGUUUUGAACAUGUCGAAAAUUCCAGCACAUGUGGAGCAAAAACUACGUCCUGCCAUGGAUCCUGAUGAGCUCUUCACUUAUCAAGAUUCGCGCAUUUUCGUGCGUGCUCGCCCCAUCAUUGCACAUGAUAUGGAGGAUCCGAACAAUCGGAGCAUUGUGCAAAAAGUUAAUGAAAACAGAGACCUUGUUGUGAUGACGCCAAAAAUAUCGCUUUCUGGCGAGUGCACAAUCGAUCCCUGCGUUGUCAGCCUUGACGGUGUCUUUGUUGGGGCGCGCGAUGAUACACAACGAGUUUACACGGACUCAUGCGCCCCGCUGGUCUCCCUCUCUGUUAAUGGCGCAUCCACGUGCGUGCUAUGUUAUGGCCAGACUGGAAGCGGGAAAACAUAUACAACGACUGGUAUUUUCCGCCAUGUCGCCGCGGAUCUCUCGCCUGCUUUUGGCACGCACGAUAUUUUCCUCACCGUUCUUGAAAUUCAACCCCUCAAGAACAUUGACCUGCUCACUGGUAUGGACGUUCAAGUGAUGGAGGAUGUUUCAGGUGAGCUAAAGCUGCUCGGGACAGAGGCCUUUGAGUGCUCCAACGCUGAGAUGCUUCUCGCCGCAUUCGAGGAAGCCGCCUCGCAACGGACAACGCGGUCCACGGAGAGAAAUGAAACGUCGUCGCGUUCUCACAUGAUUGCUCGCAUCUCCAUCGUUUCAAAGGAGACAAAGUGGGCGAAGCCCGGGGAAUUAUUCAUUGUGGAUCUUGCUGGUAGCGAAAACACUGCCGACAGCGCUACUCAUGAUAAGACUCGUCAAGCAGAAACCAAGUUUAUCAACACAUCCCUCAUGACUCUGAAGGAUUGCAUUCGGUCCCGCGCUCUUGCGUCGUCGAGUACGCAGCACCUACAUAUACCGUACAGGCGCUCGCCACUUACGCUUCUGUUGCGCGACUGCUUCGAGAUUGCCGUGCGUCGCCCGACGAAAACUGUUAUGAUCGCCUGUGUCUCGCCGCUUCUUCGAGACUCACGGCACACCAUCAACACGCUGCGGUACGCAUCAAUGCUUGCCGUGACACUACCGACUACGAUCCUGGCACCUGAUCCAAAUGAUCCGAACAAUUACACACGUGAGCAGGCCCUCGACAUUCUUGUUAAAGUGUCACAAGGAAACAUCACUGACCCGGAGUACAUUUUGCCAGAGGGUGACGGGAGAACUCUAGUGCACAUUCCAGAGGCGGAGUUUAUACGCCGUAUUGUGGAGAGUCAUCCACAUAUCCCUGAAAAAAGGGCAAAGCUUAUUUAUACUGCCAUAUGGAAGCGUGUUGUCGACGCGCGCACCAAAGGUCGAAAGCAGAUGAUUGACGCAAAGCGGCAUAUUAAGGCUCCUCGCUGCGCUACGUAG